CCCAUCGCAUGGGAACUACCUAGAAGCCAGAGCCAGAGCCAGAGCCAGAGCCAGAGCCAGUCCCAGUCCUAAUCGUCGUCGUUGUCGUCGCCGUCCGUCGUCUGUCGUCUGCACCGGCCCUGUCUAACCUCACUCUUACCCAUCCUGCCAUCUCGCUGCAGGCCAAAGCUGGUGGUUCCGCCUCCCCUGCCCGCCUCCCUCUGACGACGCUAUUUUCGCAUCUUCAAUUCCGUUCCCUUUUGUCAACUCGACACCAGCGAUACCCCAUUCAUCCGCCCUUUCCAUCAUCUGUCGUCCCGGAAUGAGGUAGCUGCUUCAAUGCUCUCAGCUCCCUGACAGGACUGAGGUUGCCCGCACCGCGAAAUAACCCUCCAUCGCCUUGGUGUUGAACCCGACCCGAUUCGAUUCGACUCAGCUCGAGUCGGCACCCCGUCUCGUCACGUUUCGGCGGCACAAUCCCUCGCCCUCGCCUCUACGCCAUCCCGCAUCCAACGCUCGCAUGACCUGCGCGUAGGCCGUGGCAUCGCGUACACAUGAUAAGGGAGCAUAGAAUACCUGCUGGCCCGCGACCGGCGAACCAGUCCCCGACCAGACUUAAUAGGGGAAUCCCAGACUCGAGAACCGACUCUCCCUCAAAGGGCUCUCUCGCCAGCGCUCCAAUGCUCAGUGCUUCUUCGGCCAACAACCCUUCUCUCUUUUCUUUCGGUCGGAAUGGCGCUACGAAUGAAGUAGGAGACCCGGCAACUUCUUACGAUUUUCUGCCUUCGGUCAGUUUCGACGACCUCCAGAGCAGUCUCGAGUCCGCCUCCAACGAUUUCAAAUUGACCCAGUUUGCGAUACCCACCGGGCAAGGCACCACUCUGGACGUUGGGAGCACGACCGACAAGAUGGCGGGGGCUUCAAACGCCGCUCAGAAUGGCUCAUCCGCGCGCGGCGGCAUCCCUCCUCCUGUCACGCGGACGGGGAGAUCUGGUUCCAUUCUGGGGCGGCCCGGCACCUCCAGCAGGCAACCGAGCAUUUCGUCCACUGCUUCUGGGCCUUCGUCUGUUGCAGAUGCAUCCACGGGCCUCUCGUCUGCGAGACCUCGGAGGCAGAGCCAUUAUCCCCCAGUAUCUAAUACCAACAUUGCAAAACCCCCCAGGAAGUCUAUUGGUUCCGGUGUCGUUGAGACGGACUUUGGCAGUCGUACUGCGCAGCGGAGAAGGCCGAGUCUAAUGGCUAACACUGGCGGUGCAGCCGAUUUGACUCGGGCCUCGAUUGAUGCCGGUGCUGGCGUUGGCUUCGAGACCCCACGGAACCUCGCCAACAGCAGAGCCACCAAAGCUAAAUCGAUGCAUCAACCGCUCCCCCGGGCCAACACCGCCAAUCUGUCGACGCCAGACAGCACUCGCCUCUCGACCAUUUCCCCACGAUCCCCUCGAGGUGGUAGCAAAGGAAACAACAGCGGCUCGACGCAGUCAAGAAGGCAGUCCGUCAUGCCCGGAAUGCCGCACGCAUCGCACGCAAGCGGACUGGGUGCCAGGACCAUCAGUCCUACAGACACACGGAGAAUGAAGCGCAUGUCCAUGCACCAACCUCCGAGUCUCAACCAGGCGGCCAACGCGCCGCCUCCUCCGCCGCUCGAGCAUCGAGAGCAUCGAGAGCACUCCAGAUCGCCGUCCAUGAUACCGCGAAAGGCGUCUGCCACACCGUCUUCGUCCCGAACGACCCCCGACAUCAACAGAAAAUCUUACAGCUCUGGCCUCUCUAUCACCUCGACCAACAGUUUCAAUACCGUUCGAACCUCGACAGGCUCCAUCCAACCCCGAGUCCCUGCCACGGGAGCUGCGUCGCGGCUACCGGCACCAAAGUCAUCAACUACGCAUAAUCAUAACUCCCAUUCCGCCGAAGACGAGGAGGAGGUUCCGCCUGUGCCUGCUAUUCCGAAAGCGUACGAGUCACCACAGCAUUCGGCCACAGAGGCGUCGUUUUUGGACAAGCGGAAAGCCAAUCUCGCAGCCGACGCUAGCAGCAUCAAUAGUAACUCGACUGGCAGCUUCUCCAUCCCUUCGCUCCCCGAACCUGCUGUCACGGUGUCCCGAAAGGCUAGUACCCGAAAGUCGACGAAUGCGGCCGCCCUGGACGCCGAAAAGAAGGGGAAUGCAUCAUCUCAAUCGAGAAGGAAUCCCCAGCCCGUGCGAUUGCCUCCAAUUACUGUUGGCCCGCUGAACCCUUCCACAAGCGCGAAAAUCGCAGCGCUGGGUCAAAAUGGUCCCGACAGAAACCUGAGCCCACCUCCAUCGCGCAUCAUUGCAAAGACGCCGACCACUCCCAUGACCGCGUCGAAGAGCUCUUUCUUCUCAAGAAACCGAACCGACGAAAAGUCCGACGUGCCAAACCUGCGAAGCAACAGCACUGUGUACCACACCCGGCUCGACAGUGCAUCUGGCGCCGAAGGUACCAGCUCCUCCGAGUCGUUCGCGGCAGUACCAGUACCGGUUCCGUUCAAGCCGACCAGAAAGCCUAGCGUGUCUCCGUUCCUAUCCUCCUCCGUGCCCAAGCCAGGCGCGGACCCCGCUUUCUUGAAGAGGUCGCAGACGGGCGACCUGGGAAGCACCACAGAACCCCUCGAAGUGAAGCCUCAUCUGAAGCCUUCUGGUCCGCGUGCCCAACGGGCUGUCAAGGGAAAGUCUCCCACGCCACCGGUCUCCGACCCGGAAGAGCCGCCCACUCCGUCCUCAAUGAGCUCUCUGCGUAGGAAGCUGAGCUUGUCGUGGAAGCGAAACACAUCCAAGAGCGAUUCCAAGGCCAACGCUUCGGAAAAGGUGGUGGAACGCAGCAUCAGCAAAGAACAAAUGCCACCGCCUCGGUUGCCUAUUUCUGCGACAGUUGGCAACCUGAGCUCGGCCAAGAAUAGCCCGAGCCCGUCAGUGAAGGCUAACAACUCGUAUCUCGAAUCACGGAGGAGGAAGAGCUCGGCCGCGAGUCUCGGCCAUGACAGAACCAAGAGUGAGAAUUGGACCUCAGCCUCCGUCCCAAAGACCCCUAGCGACUCCCACCCUCACAACCCGUCCGUCAUGCAAAAGAUUUUACGUCCGAAGGCUUCGACGACUACUAUGCGCCAACAUGACCCGUGGACGGCCGAGCUCGACAAGGACGAUUUGGUUGCUGAGGACGAAAUGAAGAAGAUGGGCUCGAGACGGAAGGAGACGGAGAUCGCGGCUAGGACGCUCGACGCCCUAAGGAAGCGCGCGACGCCAAAGGAACGGGUCGGGGCUCAGGAAGCAAUUCGGAUUGCCAUGCUCAACAUUUACGAGCGCGGUGAGAUUGUCGACUACAAUGAUAUCUACUUUUGCGGGACACAAAACGCCCGCAAGGUGAUUGGUGACCUUCAGUCUGAUGCCCCCAAUUUUGGCUACGACGACGAACGCGGAGACUACACGAUAGUUCCCGGGGACCAUCUCGCGUACCGAUACGAAAUCAUCGACAUACUCGGAAAGGGAAGUUUCGGACAGGUUGUCCGGUGCAUUGACCACAAGACAGGUGUGCUUGUGGCUGUCAAGAUCAUUCGCAACAAGAAAAGGUUUCAUCAGCAAGCUCUUGUCGAAGUCAACAUCCUGCAAAAGCUUCGCGAAUGGGACCCCAAAAACCGACAUAGCAUGGUCAACUUCACCCACAGCUUUUACUUCCGAGGGCACCUGUGCAUUUCGACCGAGCUCCUGGACAUGAACCUUUACGAAUUCAUCAAAGCAAACGCCUUCCGCGGGUUUUCUUUGAAGCUCAUUCGCCGUUUCACCAAGCAGAUGCUGAGCUCACUGAACCUGUUGAAGCAACACAAGGUCAUCCACUGCGAUCUCAAGCCCGAAAACAUACUGCUUCGGCACCCGCUGCAUUCGGAGAUCAAGGUCAUUGACUUCGGCUCAAGCUGUUUCGAGAACGAGAAGGUGUACACCUACAUCCAGUCACGAUUCUACCGAUCGCCCGAAGUUAUCCUCGGCAUGACGUACGGUAUGCCCAUUGACAUGUGGAGUCUAGGAUGUAUUCUUGCCGAGCUCUACACGGGAGUGCCCAUUUUCCCUGGAGAGAACGAGCAAGAGCAACUGGCUUGCAUUAUGGAGGUGUUUGGCCCCCCGGAGAAGCAUCUUAUCGAGAAGAGCACCCGCAAGAAGCUAUUCUUCGACUCGAUGGGCAAGCCGCGCCUUACGGUAUCCUCCAAGGGUCGCAGGCGCCGUCCGUCCUCCAAGACACUGCAGCAAGCCCUUAAGUGCGACGAUGAGGCAUUCCUUGAUUUCCUCGCAAAGUGUCUGCGCUGGGACCCCGACAGGCGCCUGAAGCCUGAGGAGGCCAUCCACCACGAAUUUGUCAGUGGUAAGAAGGUGACUGCUCCUUUGCCACGAGUCUCGGCCACUCGUGACGCGUCGCCGGUCAAACGUCACACCGUCGCUGCACCGCGACCUCUUCCCGAACCUCCGGCCGCCGGUAUUAAGAACGGCAUUCGAUCGAGAGACGUCAGUGGUGCAAGCCCUCACAAGCCCGUUUCGGGGGCAUCAUCUCGCAGACCCUCUGUGGCUACCAGUGGGACAGUCCAUGUAGCCACAGCCAAACGGACCAGCACCGGCCAAGGCGGUGUCACAGCGGGUACCAGCAGUCUCCCCCGCGCUGCAAUUAGGACGGUCAGCGCCAAACAAGACUUGGCUUCCGCCGGAGCCACCGCGGCUAUGAGCCGAAGAGGACUGUGAGCGGCCCACAGGCAACUUAUGACGGAACGGUAGACAAUGGGCUGAGUCGAUGGUUGGUGAGACGGUUUGCAAAUCAUUGGGUAGUUGAUUGCUUUUAUUUGUUUUUUAUCCCCUCUUAACGCUACAUCCCUGACGAGUAGCGAAAAUGUUCCUGCGGCAUGAACCACGCUUGAAUGCAGUGACGGAAUACCCAGCACGAGAGUCACAUCCGGGAGGAAAGGAGUCAGAUUUGGGCAUGGCGGGACAGUUUUCUUCAUGAUGAGCGCAAAUUCGGUGCUGUCGGCAGAUGCGCUGUUUUGGUCAAUCAACCGCUACUUUUUUCGUUUUCCCCACAGAACACCCCUCUUCUACCCAUCUAUAUACAGACGUGGAGCUUAGACCUGUAGAGGAAGAAGAGCAAAGGAGGGGGUGGACGCUUCUGUCUAGCGACACGGGUCUACCUGUCCAGUGAGGAGGGCGGUUGAGGCAGCGCCGAUACCUGAGAAGGCCAGCUAGGGGCGACCCAUCGUUACCUAGGCUGUGAAAAGCCAGGGGCAGAGGCAAAGAUAUGUAUAUUAAUAAUGACGAAUGGUCUUGAAACGAAUGCUGCAGACUGAGGGAGGCGCGUUGUGACAGGCGGUUUGGGAGAAGGUGAAGAAGAGGCGAGGCAGCAGCGACAUGUAGCCGAUGGCAAGCUGGAUGUCGGGAUGGACACGGUAGACGGCUCAAAUGCAAGACAAUGUGGGCCGGCCGGGCUCGCGAUAUGCGGUCCUCGUGGUUGGGGUCCUAGAAGAAGAAGAAGAAGAAGAAAGAAAAAGAAGAGAAGUAGAAACAAAAAAAACCUCACAAGAGCUUGUGUUCAUCGGGUCCCGUAUUCGAAGAGAGUUCGACCAUGCGCGCCUACGGCGUACGACGAUGAGGCGUGCGUUUUCUCCUCUUUUAUUUUAUUUUAAUCGA